UACUAUGAGCCUCAUGGUAUAGCGCUCGAAGAGACCGCUGACCUACAACUCGAAUUCGAACUUGAGGCAGUCCCAGGAGAUAACACGCGACCUGUACGCGUGCUGACGCGUUUUGCGUUCUUUGACACCGGCAGGGGUGACCUGUUGGUUGACUUGGAAAACGUCAAGAAACCGGGUAUGACCGUACGAGGUGCCGGCAUUGUUCUACCGUGCAUUGAGAGUGAGGAGGAUGAGGCUAUGGACGAUGACCUGGACAACGAAGAGAAGCCCACUGAACAGGAGCUUCGUCUCGACGAGAUCUUGGAUUGGGAGAUAGACUUCACAGAUCGAAACAAACCGCUGUACAUCAGAACCGAGCACAGCUGGUACGAACUAUCGAGUCCGUCGAACAGGUACCGUCGGUACUACCGCAACUUCUACAGGCCGCUUCGAAUCCAGCAGCUGGUCAUCUCGACAGCCCAUGUCGACCCAACUCUGUCAUAUACAAAGUUUUUGGAAAAUAUCGAUGGCAUCGACAUAGUUGGCAAGGUAGUCGACCAGAACGAUAUUCGAAACUCGGAGAAUGUCAACCGCUUACGUGCAACUCUAGAGACACUGAAUGACGCAGACCGCCUGCGCGACUCGCGGCUGAUACGUGAGCUACUCAAUCAGGCCGGCCCUCCUCCGCUGCAGCUGGCCUUCAUCGCUCCUCCGAAGCAACAUAUAAGACUCAGAGUUCCCCAGCCCCUGAUAGGUAACCUGGACAAUGCCGUCCUUCGCCCAGAAUCGCAACAGCCGACCCACGUUACUCCGACCAUUGCAGAGUUAGCGAAGGGGUAUUUUCGAGGAGAAACUCUCCAGGUCGUGGGCACUAGGCCUAAACAGGAGCCAGAAGCGGACCAGGGACAAUUACGUCUUCGGCUUGAGUCAUUCUUGGGACGCGCUCAACAUGGACACAGACGCAUUCGCGUCGAUGGGAGGAAUCGGGUUCGGCCCCGCUCGCAGUUCUUGAAAUGCGUGAUGGUUGACGGUAUAGAAUAUUCGGUUGGAGACACUGUAGUGCUCGCUUCUGGUUCCACGGACGGCAGGAGGCCGCCAGAGCUACCCCAACCUGAUCAGGCUGCCCGCGAGGACCAGCUUUCGGACUACUUUUGGUUCGCCAAAAUCAUACGCAUCCAAGAGAACGAGACGAUGCACGUCCACUGGUUCGAGCACAGCUCCAAGACGGCGAUGCGCGAGAUUAACGAUCCUCAAGAGCUCUUCAUGACAGACACGUGUAGCACCGUGAAGCUUUCUGUCCUCGUAGGCAUAGUCAAUGCCCACUUUGUCCCACUGGGAGAGAAACCUCCACGGAAGAAUUACCGUGAUUAUUUCUACAGGUUUAAAUAUGAUGCGAACACUGGCUCAUAUCAAGACAUCGACGUCAAGCUCGAGGAAGAAGUGCGCGCGGAGAAUCCGCCAGACAAUUGUCCAGUCUGUAAGAUUAUUGAGAAGGACGACAUUAGCCGCCAUGCCCAGCGGAUAGACCGGGGCGUGUCCUGGCAAGGAGUCGACUAUCAUAUUGAUGACUUUGCUAUGAUCAAAGCCGAUUCAGGACCCUGCCACAUUGGACAUAUUGUGGAAAUUCGCUUUCCAACGAGACCUCGAGAUGGCGAUGUCGAGGCCCAUGUCGCAGUCAAGUUGUACGGCCGUGUUGAUAGACUCGGGAUGGAGACGGAGCUUCAGGACGAGCGUCAUCUAUUCGCAACCGACACACGAACAACCGUCCCCAUACACCGGCUUGGCGGCCUAUGUCAUGUCAUCGUACCCCCGUUCCACGACUUUGACGUGCAAAAAUGGCUCGCCGAGUCGCCCCGGCACUUUUUCGCCAAGUUUUACUUCGCGUCGCUCAACGCGGUGUGGUGGCAGCGCCGCGCGCUGCGCGAGGACGAGGUGACUGUGUGCAAGGACUGUGUGCCGAAGGACCGGAACGAGUCGAGAGCACUAGAUAGGUUCCUGGCAGAGGGCAAGCCCCUGCGCACGCUGGAUCCAUUCGCGGGCGUCGGCGCGUUUGGGAUGGCCAUGGAGGAGACGGGCGUGGUAAAGGUCACGCAUGCGAUCGAGAUUUCUCCGAGCGCUGCGAAGACGCUGAAGCGCAACGCGGCGAGGGAUGUCAAGGUGUACAACCAGUGCGCAAAUCUCAUCCUCAAGCAGUCGAUCAAGAAACACGAGGGGAUUCCUGUGGAUGAGCUCAAGUCCAUCGAGGAUGCACCCCUGCCACCUCCACCUUUGCCGGACGAGAUUGACUGUAUCGUGGCUGGUUUUCCUUGUCAACCACAUUCUCGGAUGAACAUGUAUCAGCGCACGACAGACAGCAAAACAUAUCUCAUGCUGAACCUGCUUUCAUGGGUCGACUAUAUCAAGCCCAAGUAUAUCAUGUUCGAGAACGUUCGCGGCUUCCUCUCGUUCCGUCUUCGUGCACGACAAAAAAACCGACAUACCAUUACCGGAGGAAUCGAGAUGGGCGGCCUUAAGUUCUUGAUAAGAGCUCUGACGGAAAUGGACUACCAAUGCCGCUUCGCAGUCUUACAGGCUGCCCACUACGGAACGCCGCAGGGACGCGUACGUUUCUUCCUCGUCGGAGCGCGUCGUGGACUGCCCCUCCCCGAUCUCCCACAACCAUCCCAUGAUUUCCCGCUUGAAGACGCCCUCGUCAUUCAUCUCCCUGGCGGGCGCGAUGUCCAUCCCAUUUUAGCGGUCCAAGGCACAGCGCCGCAUCGAUUUGUUACAGUUGAAGACGCUAUUGGGGACCUCAAACGAUUCGACUGGAGAAAACCCAACCCCGCCCACCCCCAAGCCAACGGAAACAACAACGCUCUCCAGCUCCCAUCCGUAGUCUGCGACAACGAGCGCGCGUUCUGCGGAUACCAAGGCCCCAGCGCCACCGUGGGCUACGAGUCCGAGCCGCGCAACACCUUCCAGGCGUGGGCGCGCAGCCGGCCGAGCACCGACAUCCAGCAGUACACGCGCACGUACGAGCCCACCAAGGUCGCGCGCGUGAUGAGCGUGCCGAUGCAGGCCGGCGCGGACUACCGCAGCAUCCCGCGCGAGCUGUGGGAGUGGCAGUUCGCGAACCCGUCGUCGGCCGUCGCGCGGGGCGGCUUCCGCGCGGGGAUGUACGGGAGGAUUGAUCAGGACAAGUGGUUCCAGACGACGGUGACGAAUGUGGAUCCGACGGCGAAGCAGUGCAAGGUGUUGAAUCCUUGGUGCAAGCGCAUGGUGACCGUCCGCGAGCUAGCGAGGAGCCAGGGGUUUCCGGACCACUUUGUGUUUUAUGCUGGGGCGGAUCGUAUCCUUACAAUGCACCGUCAGAUCGGUAACGCGGUCCCGUGGCAGGUCAGUAUCGCACUUGCGCGCGAACUGCGGUCGGUGGUCGUGAAGAGGUGGCAUGAGGACAGACAGCAGGAGGAGAGGGAAGAGGAAGAUAGUUCAGGGCGAUCUCAGCAUCGCGAAAGUCGAAGCAGAACAGCGAGGAGUGAGGACAUGAUGGAGACUGACUGAAGGGGGCCUGCACAGAACCUAAGAUCUCGCGUUGAGUUAUUGGCGGAUAUUUAGCUUUACUCUUGAAUACCUUCAGCAAUGCAUCAGAUCUGUUCAACUUGAGCCUCAGUCGCUGUCCCG